AUGAAGAAUAAGUGGGGCCUUGAUCCUCUCGCCUACCUCCUCGUCGACUCGGGCGUCGCGUGGUACCUGACGAUCCACAACCCAGUAACGACACCGCAAACGAUGGACUUCCUCAGCAGGUCGUUGCUCCCAAACUCGACGACGCAGAGAAGCAUCGCCUCGCGGAUGACGUACGGCCAGUAG